AUGAAGUUUAGGCUAUGUUCCUCGGUCAACAUAUCGGCUGAUAAUUGGUUACUCACACUGGAUGAGUUUUCGGUGGCGAAACUGGAAAACCCGCCUUCUCUGGCUGAUGGUUUGGACAGGAAAACCGAGGAAGAUCUGCGCUUUCUCGGCUGUGAACUCAUUCAGUCCGGUGCCAUAUUGCUCCGAAUACCUCAGGUGGCGGCGGCAACCGCUCAAAUAUUAUUUCAACGUUUCUACUAUCAAAGAUCGUUCGUACGCCAUGAUUUUGGAUACACGGUAAUGGCGUGUCUUUUGUUGGCGAGCAAGAUUGAGGAGGCACCACGUCGGCCACGCGACGUUAUCAACGUGUUCCAUCGUUUGGAGCACAUACACGGCCAGCGGGAUGAGUCCAAGAAGUAA